CUCGCCGGCCUCGGGUGCAGGGUGACGUCACGUAGUUCCCGUCUGCUUUAUUUUGCUUCUUCGGUCUCCGGAGCCGCCAUUACAGGAAGGGGAAAAUAAAAAAAAGAACUGGACCGAGUCGAGCUGGAGAACUCCGGAGCGGAACAGAGCUGGGGGGACCGGACAAGAGGAAACGAGGGGGAGUCCGGUCCCGGCGGAGAUGAACGGGGAACGGAAGCCGGCAACGGGAUAAAGCCAGCUUCCUGACAGACACGGUUGUCCAGCCCUGGGAGUGUCACAAUGACUGAGCAUGGCAUAAAGUGGUCUUGCGAAUAUUGUACUUACGAGAACUGGCCGUCUGCUAUCAAGUGCACCAUGUGCCGUGCCCAGAGACCCAGCGGUGCUAUCAUCACAGAAGAACCAUUCAAAUGCAGUGCCCCUAAUGUGGGUACUAUAGAAAGAAGCGGGGGAAGUCCAUUAAUUUGUCCUGACUCCAGCGCCAGGCCACGUGUAAAAACCUCAUUUAGCAUGGAAAACGGCAGUAAGUGGUCUUGCCACAUGUGUACCUACCUGAACUGGCCCAGAGCCAUACGAUGCACACAGUGUUUGUCCCAACGUCGGACACGUAGCCCAACAGAAUCUCCACAGUCCUCCGGAUCAGGUUUGCGAUCCAUUCCCAGCCCCGUUGACCCAUGUGAGGAAUAUAAUGACCGCAAUAAACUGAACAUUAAAGGUCAGCACUGGACUUGUUCUGCUUGUACGUAUGAGAACGGCGCGAAGGCCAGAAAAUGUGUAGUCUGCGACCACCCUUCUCCCAACAACAUAGACUCUAUAGAGCUGGCGGAUACGGACGAGGCCUCCUCUAUUAUUAAUGAGCAAGACCGAGCUCGCUGGAGAAGCGGCUGCAGCAGUAGUAACAGCCAGCGUCGCUCCCCACCCAUGCCCAAGCGGGAUUCGGAGAUGGAUUUCCAAAGGAUUGAACUAGCGGGGGCGGUGGGCAGCAAGGAUGAGCUGGAACUGGACCUCAAGAAGCUGAAGCAAAUUAAAAACCGAAUGAGGAAGACAGACUGGCUGUUCUUGAAUGCAUGCGUGGGUGUCGUGGAGGGCGACCUGUCAGCCGUGGAAGCUUACAAGACAUCCGGAGGAGACAUCGCUCGGCAGCUUUCUGCCGAUGAAGUUCGUCUUUUGAACCGCCCGUCGGCCUUUGAUGUGGGUUACACUCUGGUGCACCUAUCUAUUCGCUUCCAGAGGCAGGACAUGCUGGCCAUACUUCUAACAGAAGUGUCUCAGCAUGCAGCCAAAUGUAUCCCAGCCAUGGUGUGUCCAGAGCUUACAGAGCAAAUCAGGAGGGAAAUCGCAGCUUCCAUGCACCAGAGGAAAGGCGACUUUGCUUGUUACUUCCUGACGGACCUUGUAACUUUCACUUUACCCGCAGACAUAGAGGAUCUUCCUCCCUCUGUUCAGGAGAAACUGUUUGAUGAAGUCUUGGACCGGGACGUUCAGAAAGAGCUGGAGGAGGAAUCUCCUAUUAUUAACUGGUCACUUGAGCUGGGGACCCGUCUGGACAGCAGACUUUAUGCACUUUGGAACCGCACUGCAGGUGACUGCCUACUGGACUCUGUACUACAAGCCACCUGGGGCAUCUACGACAAAGACUCGGUGCUAAGGAAGGCUCUGCAUGACAGCCUCCAUGACUGCUCCCACUGGUUUUACAGCCGCUGGAAGGAGUGGGAGUCUUGGUACUCGCAGAGCUUUGGACUACACUUCUCUCUAAGAGAGGAACAAUGGCAGGAAGACUGGGCUUUUAUUCUCUCGUUAGCAAGCCAGCCAGGGGCCAGCCUGGAACAAACGCACAUCUUUGUUCUUGCGCAUAUUCUCCGAAGACCAAUCAUAGUGUAUGGCGUGAAAUAUUACAAGAGCUUCCGCGGGGAGACAUUGGGAUACACUCGUUUUCAAGGAGUGUACUUGCCACUUCUGUGGGAGCAGAGUUUCUGCUGGAAAAGCCCAAUUGCUUUGGGCUAUACGAGGGGACACUUCUCAGCCUUGGUAGCAAUGGAGAAUGAUGGCUAUGACAAUCGUGGGGCUGGUGCAAAUCUAAACACAGACGAUGACGUAACGGUUACAUUUCUGCCUCUGGUGGACAGCGAGAGAAAGCUCCUGCACACUCACUUCCUGUCGGCGCAAGAGCUCGGCAAUGAGGACCAGCAGGAAAAGCUCCUACGAGAAUGGUUGGACUGUUGUGUGACUGAAGGCGGUGUGUUAGUAGCCAUGCAGAAAAGCUCGCGCCGUCGUAACCACCCCCUAGUGACUCAGAUGGUGGAAAAAUGGCUAGAUGGUUAUCGUCAGAUCCGCCCCUGUACGGCACUAUCUGACGGAGAGGAAGAUGAAGAAGACGAGGACGAGUGAGAAGAAGCUCUAGCGUUGAAGGCAUAAUGUCUGAACCGCACAAGAUGUGGGUCAUGACUGGGACCUGAGGUAAUGGGACCCUGCCUCAACUGCUUGAGGCCUGACACAGGGAGAAAUGCUCGAGCCCACCUACUUCUGAGGAAAUGGCACCUGUAGCUCUGAAGAAGACAUCCUUGUCAUUGAGACUGGACACUGUUUCUCAUUUUGCCUCUCCCUCCUCCUCUGGGUUGUAAAUCUUGGCGUAUAAUGCAUGUGUUGUGCAAUGGUGGGGGGAGAGUACUUUGAAGGUGAAAAUCCUAUGGUCAGCCCACAAGCAUAAUGGGCUGGUCACUUUUUGCUUUCCCCUAGUUCCUGACCCUUUUUUCCCUUGACUUUUUUAUUUUUAUUUUUUAUUGCUCACCACUUGAUUUUAACCCCGGCGUUACUGGACAGGCCAAAAUUCAUAUAUUGCACAGUUACAAACAAAAGGCUUGUGCCUGUCUCCAGCAAACAAGGGGUUAAUCAUAUAUAUUAUAAUUUUUGUUUUUUUACGAUCCCCCUAAACCAGUGGCUAGAACACAAAACGAAGGCUCUUGUACGCGGCCUGCCUUUCUGCACAAGCAAUGAUGGUCCCCAACGUUGGGCCGUAUCUAUUUUUGUUUUUAGUUUCCUUUUAUGUUUUGUGGUAUUGAAAUUUAGCUUAGGGGAGAAAAGUUGGAGACUUGUUUUUGUUUAGCCCCCCCCUCUGAUAUUGGCCUUUUGCUUCAUAAUUUCUUCCAUGGCGCCCGAGUAUUUUUGUUGGCCUUUUCGGAGAGAUAUAUUUAUUUGUCCCCCCAUCUUCACAUGCAGGAAUUAGGCUCUAAAGCGAAUGUGUGCAGUUUUCCAGCUUGGACUUGAUUGCGAAUGUGGCACAAAUACAUAGUCUUGCUGUGAACAUCUCGCACUGCUUUCUGUGUCACUUUGUACUUACCUUGGUCUGGAAGGCUUUAACCCUUGUUACAAGGAGCUUGUCACUAGGAAAGGUCCCUUUUUAGAUCCAUUACAUUUAGCAAGAUGUCCUAUUACACCAGAUUACUGCAUGCAAUUCAGUAACAACUUUCCAAUGGGCACCCCCCCAAACUAUUAUAUAGGCCCCCUUGACACACCUCCCUCCUGACUUGUUAAAGGGGUUCUGCCAUAAGUGAUGUAAAAAAUGAAAAAUCAGACGACAUAUAGGACAUGGCAACCUCUUUCUAACAAAGCUAGAACCAGCCCUGUACCUCACAUGGAUCCAGAGAUCUCCCCAUUGCUCCAAUUGUUCUGCUAGAUUCUCUUCAGGUUGGCAGCUUCGGAGAUGUGUCCUUUCUGCUGCAGCUCUUUCCCUAUCAGCUCAGGGGGCAAGUCCUCUCUGCAACUGUCACUGCUUCUAACAGUAGAUACGGCUGGCAGCAGUUGAAGGAUGGAACGGAGCACGUGCGACCACCUAAGCAGGUGAACAUGCACUACACAGACUAGACACUAAGGGGGCGCUGUUAUAAUGAAGGAAAGAAAAUAUCUCACAAUGGGAUCAUUUUUUCUAAAAGAAAGUAAAUUACAAAAGUAACUUGUUUUUCAUGCUGAAUUAUAUUAAAAUAAAAUGUAAUGGUGGCACAAUC